GGGAUUGGAAAACACAGAUCAGAGACACGACAUCACCAUACUACUUUUCCUUAAAAGGCCCGAAACCUCUUUGCAGCAAAAAUUUCUUAAACACACGACACACAAACACACACACACUCUCUCUCUCUCUCUCUUCCUUAACGGUUACGAAAGUGAAACAAAAAUGGUAGCAUCAGAGGGUGGUGGGAAUUUGAUGAAGAAGAUUCUGGGUUUGGGGUAUUGGGUGCAAGGAUUCAGGUGCUUUCCGUGGUUGGUGGUGAGUUUCUACCUCAAAGAUGGCCUCAAUGUGGAACCUUCCACUCUUCAAAUUCUUCAGAAUUCUGCUAAUCUUCCCAUGGUUGGAAAGCCCCUCUAUGGCCUCGUUUCAGACUCUGUCUACAUCUCUGGCCAGCGUCGAGUUCCCUACAUCGCUCUUGGAGCUUUCUUGCAGGCACUGUCAUGGCUAGUCAUAGCAAUCUCUCCACCAAACAUGUCUAUUUUCACUAUCUCCAUAUACCUCCUCCUUAGUAAUCUAGGUGCUUCAAUAGCUGAGGUUGCAAACGAUGCCAUUGUUGCAGAGAUGGCUAAACAGCCUCCUUCCUCAACCAAGAAACCACAACCAUCAUCCUCAGGCAACCUCCAAUCAUUUGUUUGGAUAGCUUCCUCUGCAGGAGGAGUCCUCGGAAACCUUCUUGGCGGCAUUUUCAUCGGCCGGUUCUCCCCACAGUCCAUGUUUCUAAUUUUUGGCCUUCUCCUUGCUCUCCAAUUUUUUAUAACCAUUUCGGUUCGCGAGAGUUCCCUCGGCCUCCCAAAGAGUCCAUCUGGUGGAAUAAGGAAACAGCUUUCAGAGCUAUUAGUUGCUCUAAGAAAGCCUGAAAUUGCAUAUUCAAUAUCAUGGUUCACAGCAUCUUAUGCCAUCAUUCCUGCACUCACAGGCACCAUGUUCUUUUACCAGACACAGUAUUUAAAAAUAAACUCAUCAGUGUUAGGCAUCUCCAAGGUGUUUGGCCAGGCAACAAUGCUCCUAUGGGGCAUCAUAUACAAUCAAUACCUGAAAUCUGUCCCACCAAGGAAACUGAUAUCAACCAUUCAAGCUAUGAUGGCACUCUUCAUGGUUUCAGAUUUCUUGUUUGUGCGAGGCUUUUAUCGACAAAUAGGCAUGCCGGACUCGCUCUAUGUUGUGAUCUUCUCAGGAUUCUUGGAGGUUCUAUUUUUCUUCAAGAUUCUGCCAUUCAGCGUGCUGAUAGCACAGAUGUGUCCACCGGGGUGUGAGGGGUCUAUAAUGGCAUUUCUCAUGUCUUCUGUGGCCCUGGCUUUCAUUGUGAGUGGAUACCUAGGUGUUGCACUUGCAUCAUAUAUUAAGGUAACAGCAAGUGACUUUUCAGGACUUCCAUUUGGACUUCUGAUACAAGCUGCAUGCACCAUGUUGCCAACUUUUUGGUCAUCAUGCAUACCUGAUAAGGUAGAAUCAAAAGCCAAGAAGAAAGACUAAUGUAUUAGCUUUUACAGAUAUAUAACAAUAUGAUUCAAGGAAAUAGUGGUAUGGUACUAGCUGAAGUGAUUGAUUCUGUUUAUUCCAUUGCCUUCAUGCAUCAGCUGGCAUAUAUCAGUUAGUUUUCUAAAUCUUUUAUACGGAAUAUAUCUAAAUGUGGUAGGUAGGGUGUAAAGGAAUAGUAUGACCAUGUUCUUUCAAGUAGUGCAUUAAACAUCAAGUGCACAGGCUUUUUCUUUUUCAUUUUUUAUAUGUUUGGUGGAUUUUCUACUUUGAAUGUAUUUAUUAGUUGAUAUAGAAGUAGAGAGCAUCAUUUCCAAAACGUUAACGGAAUGAGCCAUGUAAGCUUUCAAAUAUUUAAUCCAAUUCUGGUGAAAUUCUAAU